AUGGUGUCCCGCAAGGCCGUGGCCGCGCUGCUGCUGGUGCACCUGGCCACCAUGCUGGCUGCCCAGACUGAAGCCUUCGUGCCCAUCUUCACCCACAGCGAGCUCCAGAGGAUGCAGGAGAAGGAGCAGAACAAAGGGCGGAAGAGAUCUCUGGGCGUGCAGCACAGGGCCGAGGGCGCGGGGCCCCUGGCCCCCGAGGACCCCGCAGACGGACGGGAGAGCCCAGCGGUCCAGCUGACUGCUUCUGUGGAAAUUGGAAUACGGAUGAACUCCGGGCAGCUGGAAAAGUACCGGGCCGCCCUGGAAGGGCUGCUGGGGCUGGCAUCGCCGUCCACCCGGAACGGUUCGGAGGGCGGCGCCGACACUGUUAAUAUUACGGGAGCACAUCUGAGCAGCAACUGA